GGUCCCUGAGCAGCGAUGGCGGCGUGGAUGAGGCCGGGCAAGGAGGAAGAUCAAGCGAGUGAAGGGGAGGAAGAGGAGGCGGAGGAGGGAGAAGCAGGAGAAGAAAGAGGAGGAGGUCGUUGGGAGUACGAUUCCACUUGGGAAGAGGAAGAGGAGGAGGAGGAGGAGGAGAAGAAAGGGCGGCGGGAGAAGGAGGAACGGGAACCGGCUUCUCAAGCUGCUAAUCUGGGAGAAGCGACAGCCCGAGAAAAGCACAGCUGGCGGCCGCCCAGCCCCAGGUGGGCCUUCGCGAGGCAGAGCAUAAAUAGGCGUAACUGGGACGCAGCCAGAGAUCUGCAGAAAUAUAGGCGGCAUUACCCGGGUUUGGAAGAAACUGAGCUCAGUGAGGAAGAAAUGUGGAAUCUGAGCUUCUACAAAAAUGAGAUUAAUUUUUUGCCCAGGGGCCUUUACAUCGAAGACCUCCUUGAGCUGUGGCAAGAUAACUAUGGCGUUUUGGAAGAAAACCAUUCGUAUAUUCAGUGGCUGUUUCCUUUGCGUGAACAAGGGAUGAAUUUUUAUGCAAAACGGCUCACGCACCAAGAAAUCGAGGCCUUCAAGAAAUCUAAGGAAGUUAUGGAGAGGUUCGUCCGGGCUUAUAAACUCAUGCUGAGAUUUUAUGGAAUCAACCUAAUCAAUGAGGAAACGGGAGAACUGAGAAAAGCUGAAAACUGGCGUGAGCGAUUCGGGAACCUCAACCGAUACAGCCAUAACAAUUUACGGAUCACUCGCAUCUUGAAAUGCUUGGGAGAGAUGGGAUAUGAGCACUAUCAAGUGCAGCUGGUGAAGUUCUUCCUGACAGAGACUCUGGUCCACCAGGAGCUGCCUCGGGUGCUGAGAAGUGCCUUAGACUAUUUCAUGUUCACUAUCCGAAGCAAACCAAAACGGCGGGAGUUAGUCUAUUUUGCCUGGCAACACUUCAAGCCAAAGCAUGAAUUUGUCUGGGGCCCUCACAAGAAACUCCGGAGGUUCAAGCCUCAGUCCCCCAAGCUUCUGAGUCACCCAGAAGAGCAAGCACACACCAAGAAAGGAGAUGGAGAGGUGGUGGAGAAGGACAAUAUUGAGUUACCCCAAGAAAUCCUCCAGAGACUUACAGAAAAGCCUGGGCAGCAGGAUGCUGGAGGAACUCUAGAAAAGGCGAACGAUGGGCUGCCUGUGGAGAAUUCCGUUAUUGAGCAUGACACAACAAUAAAUCAUAACCCCCUUGAGCAGCCUGUAUCCAACAGUAGUGCCAAGUUGAGCCCUUCAGCCAGUAAUUCUGUGCAGGACAAAGGUAGCAGGAGGAGAGUUACCUCUGUAGAAGGUGAUGAUCUGUUACUGGAUGGGGAGCUUGUAGAACCCCAGAUGAAGCCUGUAGGUGACUGUAAGACUUCCAGAAAGGCAAACCAGCCUCACUUUGCACUGGUGACAGUAGCCAAGGCAGAGAAGGAAGACAAGGAAGAAGGCACAGUAUCUUCAGAUGGCUCCUCAGAAAGAAAGUAUCAUGCAGAUGAGUGCGUGGGUGGAGCAGAGGGAGAAGGCCUCAAGGAAUCCAAGAAGAGGAAGUUGGAGAUGAGCAGAUUAAGUGGAGAAAGCCCUGGACUACCAAAAAGCCCCAGUGAUAUUGAGAGGAUCUCCCAUAAUCUCGGUGAGGUGGUGAUUACAAAGGAGGAAACUAGCUUCUUGGCCCCCAAAGAAGGGGAAGAGGUCUCCAGAGAUGGGAAGGAGGCUGAAUCCCUUGAUGUGGUGAUAAAAAGACGGAAAGUAGAUGUUGCACCCAGAGGUGAUUCUUCAGAAGUGGACAGUGAGGUGAUCCCAUCUAAGGGCCAGGGAACAAGUUGUAUUACUCAUGACGUUAAGAAGACAGAUUCUGUCUGCCAAGAAGAACCCAAAACAGCAGUCAGUGCUUCAAUAGACACUCUGAGAGGACACAGAGCGGGAGGUGUGGAUGCGUUGGUUGAUUCCAAAAAGAAUGACCUCCCUGUGGAUGACUGUCUGCUGGAGAAAGUUAACGAGCAAGAAGCUACCACUCCAACAGAAAGUGAGGCACCUUGGUUGUCUGAAACCUUUGUAGCUCAUGAAAGGGGAUUGAGGAACAGUGCAGGAUCGGAAGAGCAGGACACGGAAGAAACAUCUGAUGGUUCCACAGGAAGGAAUAAAAAAGCAAAAAUAAAGGAGCAUGAAAACACCAUGGCUGGGCCAGAAAAAGAGUAGUUCUGUCCCAGAUAGGAUGAAAUAGUCCCAGGAGUCCUAAAGGUCAGAAGGGGGUGUAUCUUUCCAGAAGCAGAUCGGAAUGGCCCCUGUGCUUUGUAUGUGUGCAGGGUUUGAUCUCCCCAGAUUUUUAUAAGCACUGGACAUAGUCAAGACCUUAGGGUAAAGGCUUUAGGAUGAAAGGUUGCCACUUAGGUGGUGACUUGCACAUCUGAUAUUCCCACUUCUAGAAAGCUUUUACCUUGUAACUGAUUGCCAGAGGGCUCUGUUCUUUUUUUAACAGAAAGCACUGAACUGUUUAAUACGAUUUACGCUACCACACAGGUGUGUUUUCCAAGUGCUUCCUAGAUGAGCCAGAAGAAUGUAUUUGUUAAAUUAAGUUUGUCUUUGUUAAAUAAAGGUCUUAACUUUUGAA